AUGGACGUGCUCUAUCUUCUCGUCUCCCAUCUCAUCGGCCGCCUCAGCUACGGCUCCGACUCGUGGGAGAACUUCAGCCUAAGGAGUCUGAGUACGAACAUCCUGCCCAUCGCACUCUUCGGAGGAGCGGUAUGGCUGCUCACGCAGCACUGGGACGAGAUAUACGACCGAAUCGUCGACCAAUUCCUCGUGACAGCCUCAUUCGAGAGUAGUAACCAGGCCUACGGCUGGAUUCAGACAUGGGCGUCGUCACAACCAGAGUGGGCCAAACUGCGGCGAGUACAGGUCGCAAGCAUCAGCGGCAACGGCGAUAUGUUUUCCUGGAUCCACCGUUAUAUGAGGUUCAACGAGACGUCCAAGUCGUACUGGUGCCGCCCGACGAGCCACACGAAGAUGACAUGCCGGUUCGAAGGCACUUACGUGCAGAUUGUGUUCUUCGAUCCUACCAAUAGCGGUGGCUUCUACGUUCCGGCCGUAAUGAUUGUCCGCGUAUUGGGGUUCGAUAGAGCUCGUUUGGAUCGAUUGCUGGACGAGGCUCAGAAGAUGUACAAGAAGACGCGCGAAGGCUUACAAGUCUGGACGCACUCGAAAGCGCAUGGGGGUGAGGUAGAGUGGGAGAACUGGUGCGUAUUGGGGCGCCGCUCCAUCGAGACGCUUGUCCUGGACGAAGAGGUCAAGGCUCGUUCGCUCGAGGACGUGCGCGAGUUCUUGAGUCCCGAAAGCAAGCAGUGGUACAAGGACAACUCGUUGCCGUAUCGUCGAGGCUAUCUCUUUUAUGGCGUGCCCGGAUCGGGCAAGACCACCCUCAUACAUUGUAUAGCCAAUGAGCUCGAUCGCGAAGUAUGCGUUGUGACACUUUCAGCCGUAGACGACGUGACACUCCCAAAGCUUCUAGGAUCGACACCGGAAAAGUCCGUGGUAAUCAUGGAGGACAUCGACGUCGCAAUCCAGGACUUCAAGACCGCCUCCGAGUCUCGUGCCGAUGCCACCUUGAACCGGGAUAAGCAGGAUACCAAUCGUCCUCACAGCGGGCUAACGCUCUCGGGUCUUUUGAACGCCAUCGACGGCGUAACCUCCCAGAACGGGCGCGUCCUCUUCGUGACGACGAACAAAGAAGCCGCUCUUGACCCUGCGCUCACGCGCGCCGGCCGCCUCGACGUCCAUAUCGAGUUCUUCCACGCGAAGAGCGCACACGCUGCACAGCUCUUCCGCCGCUUCUACGCGAUACCGUCUGCAAAAGCGAAAGAAGCUGGCAUCAGUCAUUCUUCCGAGACGAUAGACGUGCUGGCGAACCGUUUUGCAGAGGCGAUUCCUGACGGCGCUCUUGCGAUGGCGCAGUUGCAGAACUAUCUCAUGUCUCACAAGCAUGAGCCCCAGAAGGCGUGUGACGGGGCGCGCGAGUGGGUUGCACGGGAGUUGGAGAAGGCGGAGAAACGACGAGCGCAGGGUGGGUUGGCCACGAAUGUGCAGAUCGACACGCAGGCCGCACCCUCUCCGGAAGUUGCCUUGCUCCCCUCCGCGAACUUGACAGUGAGAUCCAUCGCUGACGAGGACCAAGUCAACGCGGACGUCCAGGCGCGCCAAUUCCGGGACUCUGAGAUUGGAAGUGGAAGUUCGACUUUAACGUUGCCCUCGCCCGUUGCGUAUACGGACAGGAUCUGCCCACAGGGAGGCGAGCGGUGCCAGGAUCCUGCGAGAGGGGCUCUUUCUGCAGCCGCCGCUUCUGAAGAGACUCUGGCCGGCGAUGGCGAGGCCGAACCAAAGCAUACGGAGCUGAACGGCUCUGCGGCAGAAGCUGAAGGCGCCGCGUAG